GCCAGGCCCCUCAGGAGGCGGCCGCCUAUUUGAAAGAUGCGGCCUCGCGCCCCAGGGCUUACUUCGACCUACCUUCCACUCUGGUCUGGGACAGCGGCGGCUGCGGCGAUGGAGGCGGAGGAGGCGGCGGCUCCGAGGCCCAAGAAAAUGUCUGGUAACAAUGAUUGGUUUCAGAGUCCCCGGGUUCCUAGCUUUGCUCAGAUGUUGAAAAAGAACCUGCCAGUUAAACCUUCUUCAACAACAGUGAAUCCUCCUCCAGGAUAUUCAUCAUCAGAGAAUUACAGUGUGUCAAAUUUAGCUUCUAAGGUUACACAAGUCACAGGUAACUUUCCAGAACCACUGCUUUCCAAAGUAGUCCUCCCUAAUCCAAAUACUGUUCUUCCUCCAAAGAAGAUUCCCAAAGAAUUCAUUAUGAAGUACAAACGUGGGGAAAUAAAUCCAGUGUCAGCCCUGCAUCAGUUUGCACAAAUGCAGCGUGUACAACUUGACCUUAAGGAAACUGUAACAACAGGGAAUGUUAUGGGUCCUUAUUUUGCCUUCUGUGCUGUGGUGAACGGUAUUCAAUAUAAAACUGGACUGGGACAAAAUAAAAAAGAAUCUAGAUCCAAUGCAGCCAAGCUAGCCCUUGAUGAGCUUUUGCAGUUGGAUGAUCCUGAAUCAAGGAAUGUAGAAAGCUCAGGUCCUCUUCUCAUCCUAGCAGAACCCAUCAUUUCAGCUGAAUCAAAUUAUGUUUCCAAGAGGAUCAUUUGGAAUAACGGGGAAAGCCUCCCAAGGAUCAGGUUCACUUUGAUAAAUAUGGUGGCAUAUCCAGCAUCCAUGCGGCCCAAUUGCUUUAAGAUGAUAUAAAGCAUGUCCUGCUUCACCAUGAAGCUUACUAAUUGUGUUAAAGUCUUUCCAGUCUUCUUUCAAGUAAUGGAAUCGAAUGGAAAGAGCAACUGGUAAUACCAUGAGAAUUAAAUAGUAGUGAGGACAUAUAAGAGGUUCAAAACAUAUGAUAAGUAUAAUUAUGAGGCACAAACCAAAUAAUAGAGUAAGAAGUAUCUGUUUCCCCAUGGUUGGCUAUUUUUUCAUUUCCAGAAUUACUGUUUAGAUUUUUUGAUCUAGAGUUCUCAUCUGCAGAAUUAACUGGGGAAGGAGAAACAUCAGAUCAUAGUAUUAAGAUAUAACAAAGCAAAAGCAUUUUUAGAUACAUGGCUCUCACAUGAAACAGUAAGGAGCAGAUUUUACAUGGGCAUGAUGUAUCCAAUAGUCUUUAUCUGUGAUCUUGAUUGCAGCUGAGGUGGUCAACAAUACUAGGAAUGGGAUUUCUCAGGCAGCUUGACUUUUGCUGGAAAUUCUUGAUAUGAAUGUUAUCUCCAGCAUGGAAAUCAUAUCAUGGAAAUGAAGAGAUCUGGUCUAAAUCUGCAGUUUUUAUUUCAUGAAGUUCCUUUCAUCUAUUUUGUAAUUCCUAUAUAUAUGAACAACAUGUAUCCUCCCCAGCAAUGAUAUAUUGAUUUUAGAGAACAUUUUACUUUUAUGAUAGGGUGACCAAAUGACAUUCAAAAGGAGGGAGCUGUAAUUCCCACUUUGUUCUGCUUUGCAGAUAAAAUAAAUUAGAGGGAAGUAAUUCAGGUCACUUUAAGUGAGUUUUAGAACAUAAUUUAUCAAUAAGGAUGUUAAUUUCUUUGUUCAUAUGCUUGAUCUGACCUAAACUCUGGGAGUGAUAAGAAGUACUAAGUUUAGGAGUUAUCCCAAGAAAAAAAAUAAAUUUCAGAGAGCAUGGAAUCUGUGCAAUGAGACCUCUCCUCUAGAUCCAUAUGUGCUAAUGUGCAAUCUUCUCCAGAAAAAUUUAGCAACAAAGUUAGCUGUAGCUACAGGACCAGGAAAUGCUUCAACCCAGCAAGUUAGUUUACAACAAGACAAAUUUUAUAAUGGCCAGUUUUGGGCAUGCAUAUAAACUCAAUUUACAAAUGUUUAAAAGGCAUGUAAGAGAGAAGAGUUCAAAUAUUUGAGUUAGAAUGCCAGAAGUAAACCCUUUGUGUUCAUUUACAAAAAGGAAGAAAGGUUUCCUGUAAUCUGGGAGUUCCAGCACUGAAGCUGAUAGUAGGGCUUUCUUGAGUUCAGUAAGGACAAUAAGAUGUAGUUAAAAGGGUAAGGGCUCUGGAAUUUUGUCUUUAAGAAGGCUUAAAGGUCAAUAAUCUCAUCAAAGGAAGCAAUCUACUGUUGACAUUAUCCACUUCUCCCAAGGUAGCAUACAAUAUUUUUUGGACAUAGGAAUAGACAAUUGUUGAAGUGCUUGUAAGUGCUUUGGAAAAAAAAGAUUAAGUGCAAACAGACAAAAUACUACCUGGAAAGGCACCACUAAAUCUUUGAUGGCCUCUGUGAUGAAGCUGAAGAAGAUGAUAGCUGUUCAUCUUGGUUGGUCUCAAUACUAAGUACUUUAAAUACUGGACUAUUCCAAAGAAGAAUAUUUGAAACAAUAGAAGUCAAAAUACUUGAGAGAAUAGGGUUAUUUUGUGUGUGUGUGUGUGUGUGUGUAUUCUUGAGGCAUAUGA